UCAUUGACAUGUAACCUUUAAAAACGCGCAAUGGAGAAGCUGCGAGCAUACAGGAGUAAAUUUGAAGAAUCUCUAGAGAAAAAGAACGUCUUCACAGAUUUCUUGUGCUUAUGUGAGCAGCGUUCGGGUGUCAGUAAAGUUAAUUUGGCUUAUGGAGUGAUUGUCUUUCUCACCCUAUAUUUAGUUAUCGGCUAUGGAACUGAUGUACUCACCUUGUUAGUGGGUGCAGUUUACCCUGCAUAUCGAUCAGUUAAAGCCAUAGAGACUCAUGAGAAGGAGGAUGAUACGAAAUGGCUGACUUAUUGGGUUGUAUUUGCAUCUGUUCAACUAUUCGAAGCGUGUACAGCGAUGAUGGUAUACUACUUACCUCUCUACCCGAUUUUGAAGUGCAUCUUUCUGAUAUAUUGUAUGGCUCCUAUACAAAACAAUGGAUCUUUACUCAUCUACAAAAAAUUAAUUCGACCAUUUGUUCUUGAACACUCACCAGCAAUUGAUUCAGUAUUGGAUACUACAGUUAAUAUUGCUGGAAAUGUAGUCGAGAAUGUUUGAAGAUAUAAGUGUAAGUUGAACACUUGUGAAUUGAUUAGGCAAUAACUUUUAUCAAAGCUACUCAUAAAGCACUAGAAAGCAAUGGGAAGUAGAAGAAACAAGAGAAAAAAAGUGUUUUCCUAAGUUUAAUGAAUUUUAUUUCUUUUCCAUUCCUUUGUUCUCGCUGUCAUCUCUUUCUUUUUCUUGACUUCUCGUAGAUUUUGACAAUAUGACCCCAGUUCAUUCAUUAUUAUUAUUAUUAUAUCUGUGUACAACAAGUACCAAUAAGCAUAUCAUUAUAAUUUGUGUGUGUG